AUGAGUAAAGCUAUCUCUUCGUCGCGCGUGGUGACUGGCGGUCAGGUUUGUCCUGCCACAGUCAUCUACUCUGACAUCUCGGGCAAGAUUCUGACUGUUAUCCCGGAGAUCUUGGACCAGGGAGAUCUGCUGCUGUCACAAUACAACGUUGUGUCGUAUCGUAAGCUGGACCCACUGGUGAUUUUGCCUGGACUAGUGGACGCCCAUGUGCAUUUGAACGAGCCGGGAAGAACAGAAUGGGAGGGUUUUGCGACCGGCACCCAGUCGGCUGCGAGCGGAGGAGUGACCACCGUUGUUGAUAUGCCGUUGAACGCUGUUCCGCCAACAACGACCAUCGAGAACUUCCAUCUCAAGCUCGAGGCUGCCACGGGUCAGUGCUGGGUCGACACCGCGUUCUGGGGCGGGCUCGUGCCAACCAACCUCGACCACCUCGUUCCGCUGAUCCAGGCCGGAGUGCGAGGAUUCAAGGGAUUCCUCAUGGACAGUGGUGUGAGCGAGUUCCCAAUGAUCACGCCAGCGUACAUCGAGCAGGCCUUGCAGAGAGUCAAGGGUCACUCGACUGUGCUUCUGUUCCACGCCGAGAUGGACUCGGAGUGCUGCACCCACGCGGACCGGCCUCAUUACGACGGAAUCACCGAUCACCAGGCACAGCUGCUGGCCUCAUCGCCAACUCUGCAGCCGGUCGAGCCCACCGUCGGACACAUCUCGCAGAUGGCCAAGUCGCCACAGAUCCAGGCGCUGUCCCUGGACGACGAGAUCACACCGUUGGAAAAAGCCAUCGAGGAAAACAGCGAGCUCAAGUCGGUUGACCCGACCGCAUACUCCUCGUUCCUGGCCUCGCGUCCAGACUCGUUCGAGAUCACCGCCAUCAGCAACAUCAUCAACUGCUCCAAAAAAUAUCCAACCACCCCUAUGCAUAUUGUCCAUCUUGCUACCAAAGAAGCACUGCCUAUGAUCGAUUACGCGCAAAAGCGCCUCAACCUGCCGCUUUCCGUGGAAACGUGCUUUCACUACCUCACGCUCAACUCCGAGGACAUCCCCAACGGUGCCACCCAGUUCAAGUGCUGUCCACCGAUCCGUACGGACGAGAACCGGAAAGAGCUCUGGCACGGCCUCCAGAAAGGAAUUAUCACCACUGUGGUGAGCGACCACUCGCCAUGCACCCCCGAGCUCAAGGGGCUCGAGAGAGGCGACUUCUUCGAGGCCUGGGGAGGAAUUUCCUCGGUCGGUUUUGGCCUGCCGCUGCUCUACACCGAGGGCCAGAAGUUUGGUGUCACUCUCGUGGACAUCUCCAAAUGGUGCUGCGAGAACACCGCCAAACAGGUCGGCCUCGAACACAGAAAGGGUGCCAUAGCUCCGGGCAUGGACGCCGAUUUUGCCAUUUUCGACCCGGAACAGCACCAUUCUGUCGCAAACAUGCGCACUUUCUUCAAAAAUAAGCUCACUGCCUAUGACGGCCACAAGGUUCAGGGACGUGUGGUCGAGACCGUCCUUCGUGGACGCUCGAUCUACGCUCUUGGGAAAGGCCAUUGCGACGUGCCUAUGGGUAAUUUGCUUCUGGAGCCUAGAAGAUUCCUCUAG